GCGAAGUACUGAUCUAAGUAUCAUUUUGUCACUCCCUCGGAGCCCUAUCUGACUCAAGAUUGGAUUUGUUCAUAUGCGGAGAUGCAGGGCGGAAUAAAGUCCUCCAGCGCGAGCUUAGUCUCAGUUCUCAAGCAUUGUUUUAUUCCAAGUAUUAGGCAUUAACGCGUGUUCCAUUCUCAGCUUAUGCGUAACCGUGUUGAAAGGGUCCCCAAUCGCAGUUUUGUUGCGUUUGCUCUAUCACUUUUAAUUCGGCUUCUGAUGUCCACUUGGUUCGAGUCAAAUAUAGUAGCGGCUGUGGAUAGCUGCAUAAGGCGACUGACGUUAAGAACCAUUCAGCUAUUGAGCUAUUGCAGUGCAACAGUUUCACGCCUAGGACCAGAUCAACGUGAAGUUCUAAGGCCUGUGUACCAUGACUAGGAAUAAUCGACUGAGUUCGAGAGCAUAUAUUAAGCUUCAGUGGUGUCUUAGCCGUGGAACGCGCCAAAACGAUUCCGUGAUUCGGAUAUUGCCGUAUGAUGGUGGAACUCUCGGCACACGGGGUGGCCCGCCUGUAAUUUGGACAGUGUCCGUGCCGCAAGUUAGAAUUCACGAGGAAAUUCCCGUGGUUCGUCCAAGCUCUGGUAGCGUCAACUUUGUUACUUGAAAUCGAUCGCAGUAAACCAUAGCCGCA